AUGCCACGAGUCUAUAAACGCAAAACAAACAGGGGUUCAACCCCGCUGGAGGAUAUAGAAAGAGCAGCCAAGGAAGUGGCAGAAGGGAAGUCAAUUCGAUCAGUGGCAAGGGCACAGAAAAUAGACAGAAUGACACUGAAGAGAUAUAUGGAUAAACAAGAACAAGGAGAAGUACCAAGAUCAGGCUACGACAGAGUAGCAGAAGCUCAGAAGAUCUUUAAUGAAAAAAUUGAGUCUGAACUUGCAGGUCAUAUAAAGAAACUCCUUGACCAGUUUCAUGGGCUAAGUCCCCUGAAAUGCAGAGAACUUGCAUUUGAAUUAGCAAAGAGGAAUGACAUCACUGUCCCAGAAAACUGGUGCAGGGAAGAAAGAGCAGGACUUGUGAAUGGAGCACUCAUGUCAGCAAUGACACCAAGCAACAUCUUGUCAGGAUUCAGGUCUACGGGCAUCUUUCCUUUCAACAGGAAUAUUUUCCCUGACACCAAAUUUGAGCCAUCAGUGGUCACGGAAAGACCAAACUCUGAACAGCCAUGUUGUUUCACACUAAGGAUGAAGGCACCUUCCCAAAGAAUGGAGAAACAGUUUGUUUCCCCCAGCAACCUGGACAAGUGCCAUGUUGGAUAG